AUGUGGAAAUCCUUUGUUAACUCCUGUAACAGACAUUCGUUUGAUGAAGUAGAACAACUUAGGAAACCUGCUCUUAACGCAAAACCCAUAUACAGAGAUGAGUUAGAGAAGAAGGCAUCAAAGAAGAAGGUAGCAGAGAAGAAAAGUGACUGUUCUGCAUAUUCAAAACCCACAGAAGAUGGGAAGGAUUUUGAGAAGAAAAGUGUUGCCAAAAAGGAGGUGAUUACAGUCAAAGUGAGGAUGACGAAGCAAGAGGCGGCUCGAAUGUUGUCCAAGUGCAAAGAUGGAGGGCUCCUCGACUUCAAAGACGUGGCACGUGAGCUUGUGCAUAUACCUCCAAAUCGUGUUAAUGUUGUGUCGGCUAAAGCUAGAUUUGGUCAAGCGCUUGAGAGCAUCCCAGAAGAGAUUUAG